AACUUGACAACUUGUUAUUGGUAGUGAAAGCUGACAGAACGAUGCUGAGGGGAUUACUCAAAUCUAACCUGAAAGCUAAUUUACGGUGUUUAUCUUCGAGUGUUGAUCUUGCUGGUGUCUUCCCGCCUAUUGUCACACCUUUCCAUAGUAGUGAAGAGCUUGCUCUUGAAAAACUUCGUCACAAUGUUGGCAUUUGGAAGACAAAAGGCUUUAAAGGAUAUACUGUUUUGGGGAGCAACGGAGAGUUCCAGUACCUCACCAUUGAUGAGAAAGUUAAGAUUGUUGAAACAGUAAAAUCAGAAGACCCUGAUAAAAAGAUUAUUGUGGGUGCAGGGCAUGAAAGUACUAAAAUUACUCAAGAGUAUGUUUCUUUGCUAAGUAAAGCUGGCGGGGAUUUUGCUCUUAUCUAUGCCCCUUGCUUCUACCGAGGUUCGAUGUCUGCCUCUGCUUAUGUUAACCAUUUUACAAACAUUGCCGAAUCUUCUCCCAUACCAGUGAUUCUAUACAACGUUCCUGCUAACACUGGCUUAGAUUUACCAAUUGAAGUUGUUCUUACUUUGGCAGAGCAUGAAAACAUUGUCGGUAUUAAAGAAAGUGGUGGAAAUGUGGUAAGAAUCGGCAGCAUAGCUCACAAAACGAAGGAUUUUGAUUUCCAGAUAGUUGCUGGCUCAGCAAGCUUUAUGCUUCCUUCGUACAGUGUUGGAGCAGUUGGGACUGUUGCUGCUUUGGCUAAUGUUAUGGGUGAUGAGGUGUGUCGAUUGCAUGAUAUGAUAAGUGCAAAACAAGACUGUCUUGAGUUGCAACACAAGCUAAUUGCACCAAAUAAUGCUGUUACUGCAACUUUUGGUGUUGCUGGUCUUAAGUUUGUUUGUGACAGUGUGGGCUUGUACGGAGGACCUUGUAGGUCUCCCAUUCAGCCUCUUGAUUCCUCUCAGAAAAAGAAGCUUACAGCUAUCAUGGCAGAUGUUGGUAUUGACUGCUCCAACAGUUUGGAAUGAAAUGUCUUAAAGGGCAGAUUGAAGGGCAGAUUUGGAUGCAAUUGUGCUUUCAUGGAUCAAAUAAAAAAAAAAGAUUUUUAAAAUUAAUUAGAUGAUACAGUAAAACCCCAAAUUGACUGUGGUAAAUCUUGGUUUUAACUGUAUAUUAUUAUAUUAUACAUUUUAUGAUACAUCAGUUUUUAAGUAAUUUAUUAUUAUUUUUUACAGUUAUUUACAGUUAUUUACAGCAUGUUUCGUGAAAUAUUUUAUGGGAUUUAUUUUAAUGGUUUUUGAGUCAAAAUUUGUACAUUAUUAUUUAGCUUGUGUUUAUGUUGAAUUAUCAAAAUUGUUAUGUGCAAUUGAUACAAUAUCACC